AUGGAACUGUCAAAAAUAGCUAAAAACCUGGUUAAAUGUGUCACUACAGGAGAGAAUGUUGCUAUUGAGACAUUUUACCAAAAGCAGCCAUGUGUUAUCACAUUCAUGAGGAGGUUUGGAUGACCCUUUUGUCGCCUUGGGGCGAAACAAUUGAGUGCCAUUAAGCCUCAGCUUGAUGCCAACAAUGUAAGAUUGGUUGGUGUUGGCUUAGAGGAAUUAGGCCUUGAAGAUUUCCAAAGAGGAGAAUAUUUCAAUGGGGAUUUGUAUAUAGAUAUGAAGAAGCAGUGCUAUAAAAGUCUUGGUUUUAGAAGAAUGAAUAUAUUUAAUGUAUUUCCUGCCAUUUUUUCCAAAGCAUCACGAAGUGCAAUGUCUAAGGCCAAGGAAGAUAAAAUAGAUGGAGAUUUUAAAGGUGAUGGUUUUCAGAAUGGUGGAACUCUGGUCAUUGGAACAGGAGGAAAAGUUUUGUUGAAUUUUAAGCAACAGGAACCAUCAGACCAUGUCAGUCCAAAUGAAGUAUUAAAAGUGUUAGGUAUCCAGGAAACAGUAGAAUAUCCAGAGGCCCAGGGAGCCUCUUGUCCAUUACCUCAAUCAAAUGAAGAAACGAAGCAGUCAUAGCAUAUUGUCUUGUUGUUGUGUAGAAGCCAAAAGAUAUGACACUUUUUCAUUGUUUCUUCAUUAGUCACAGAUCCGACAGAGUGUAGUGUCAUGACGUAGGAUUCCUGAAACCAUGAACAAUGGGAGGAGUCUAACUGAGUUAUCUACCUUGAUUAAGGUUGUUUACUACCAGGUGUCCCCUCUGUGACAUAUGUUUGAAUGGUGUAAUUGUAGGUUUAUAAAAGGAUUUUAAAUAGAGCAUUAUAAUAUUUAAACAAUUUCAAUAUUAUGUAUACAUGUUAUAUUAUUUGUAAGUGCUAAAUGUUUGCUACGUAUGUUAAUGUAAGGCACUUUGUCAGUCAUCUUGAUCUUUAAGACAAAAAAUAUUUAAACUGAAAAUGGUGAAAGUUUUUCAUCGUUUUGGCAUAACGUUAAAAACAUGUUCAUGUGUUAUUUCUUCUUAUUGAAAAUUUUUAAUUUUUAGAGAAAAAAAUACCUUCUUCAAAUGUACUAUUUUUUUCUUAAUGUGAUGCUUCAGUUUGUUCGAAAAAAUAUUGAAAGUCUGGAUACAUUCUUACUUGGAAAGGAAGUGUUUUUUGAAGAACUAAAAAUUAUUUAACAAGAAGUUUCUGUUUGUUUUAUAAUGGGGGAAAGUAAAUGAAGUGUAGAUGAAUGUACGACAUACCUCAUUUUCUUAUUUAUUUGUUAUUUUUAUAAUUAUUAUUAAAUAUAUAUAUACUAGUACCAUGUA